ACGAAUGAAACCGUCGCCACUGUGGGUCAGUGUCCAGCGGUGGCAGCAAGCGGGAGCCGUGAUGGUAUGUGUCGCACCGACGGUGUCAACGGACAACGGUCAACUUUCCACCUGAAGACAACAAAACGGGAGACCCAGUUUGAGUCCCGAGAUUAUGUCCGGAGCUUGUUGUGCUGCUGCGGAGAAAAGUUUAUCAGAAGUAGGGAUACACUUGCACCAGCGGGGGUAAUAUGGCCGAGCGCAGCGGUUGCGAUGUCAACAUCCUCAGCAUCCCGGUGCCCAUUCGUCGCGGCGGAUCCGAGUCCAACCUGGACGUGGUGGACAGUGUUGGCGAUGACGGAGUGGGCCUGGAUUUCACCAAGGGAGCGCUGGGUAUCGACAGCCUGCAGCAGAAGAUCCUCAAGGUGACGGAGCAGAUAAAGGUGGAGCAGACGGCUCGGGACCAAAAUGUCGCCGAGUACCUGAAGCUGGUGAACAACGCUGACAAACAGCAGGUAGGACGAAUACGUCAGGUCUUUGAAAAGAAGAACCAGAAGUCGGCGCACACCAUCGCCCGGCUGCAGAGGAAGCUGGAGCAGUACCACCGUCGCGUGAAGGACAGCGAGACCAACGGGAAGCACAGCCACAAGGACGGCAGCAGCAAGGAGUCCGGGACUCACAGCAAAGAGGGCAGCCUGCGGGAUGUCAGCACCACGGGGCGCCACCCGGCGCUGGAUAAAGUGAAGACGAUCGGGCCCGGCGUGUCGCUCUCACCGCCGUUCUUCUUCAACAAGUCGCGUGAGUUCGCCAACCUCAUCAGGAACAAGUUUGGCAGCGCCGACAACAUCGCCCACCUCAAAAGCUCCAUGGAGACGGGGUCGGGGCUGCAGGUGGAUAGCGGGACGAGGGGUCUGAGCGGGAGUGCCACCACAGUAGCCAAGGCGACAAAGUACCAGAGCGACGACGAGUGCUCCACGGGGACCUCCGGAUCGGCCGACUCGAACGGGAACCCGGCCUGCGGCUCGGGGGCGGGGUCUGGAGGUCCCGGGAGGUCAGACUCCAACGGGCGGCUCGGGGAGGUGCUGGACAUGGUGCGGGAGAUCAGGGAGGCUCAGACGCAGCUGGCAGAGGACAUGGAGACUCUGAAUGCACAGUUCAAACGAGACUACAGCUACUUCACACAGAUGAUGCAGGAGGAGAGAUACAGGUAUGAGCGGUUGGAGGACCAGUUAAAUGACCUGACGGACCUCCACCAGCAUGAGACCGGUAACCUGAAGCAGGAACUGGCCAGUAUCGAGGAGAAGGUGGCCUACCAGGCCUACGAGAGGGCCAGGGACAUACAGGAGGUCCUGGAGUCGUGCCAGACUCGUGUGUCCAAGCUCGAACUGCAGCAGCAGCAGCAACAGACAGUUCAGGUGGAAAACACCGACGCCAAGGUGCUGCUGGGGAAAUGCAUCAACAUCAUGCUGGCGAUCGUUACCGUGAUCCUGGUGUGCGUUUCCACAGCGGCAAAGUUCACUGCCCCGCUGCUGCGCAGCCGCCUCCACCUGGCGCUCACCUGCGUGGGCGUGUCCGUGUUAGCGCUGCUGUGGAAGAACUGGGAACAUUUACAGUGUGCUUUGGAACGACUGGUCCUCCCACACUGAUCCAGGAGAACAAAUGAGACCAGAGAACUCUGGCCGACGCCGGGUCCAGGUCUCCGUGAGGUGUGUCGUCAUGGCAGCACAAAAACCGGGGAGGAGUUUACAUGUAGCCUUACACCAGCCCUCGUCCCCCAGCGAUUUUAGGCUCCACGGUGACUUGAUUUUAUGGCUCUGGGCUUUGCAUGUCUAAAUGGGGUCCACACAAAUCCACAAAGCCUUUCCCAGAAUGCACCUCCACAGUACUUCUAACAAACAACAAACAGACAACUGAACACAACUGUUGCAAACCUCUACAACGUGCUGUCUGUAAACUAUAAACAGGGCACAAUGCUGCCAUAACAGUGUAUCCCUGCAGUCCACAGUGCUGGACCAACAGGAGAUGAAUCAGCUGGAAUCGAUCAGAUGACGGCCAUAUUAGUGGAUUUUGGACCCCCCCCAGCUCUCAUCUGGUCAUCAGAAGAUUCUGGUCGCACCAACAACAGACGCUAAAAUCUAAAUAUAGAGGAGUGGGCUUUUACUGGGGCCUGGAAAUACAGUGAUUAUUUCCUGCCCUUAAAGGGAAGUGUAUCUGUUAUAGCACCACCUCACACCUCUUAAACAAACACACACUGGCAGUAUGUGGCCAGUCGAUAUGCCUCCUUGUGCACCAGCCAGCUGUGACAACACAAAGACACGUCCACCUGAAGGUUGAUUUGUUCCGUGAGUCUGUUCUUUACUGCUCUGUAUUUAAGUGAUGUUCUUCUCGUCAGUGUCUCAUUCAAAAAGACGUUUUUGAAGCUGUUGUUUUAAAUUGUGGGGGUGUCUGGAUGUGCAUUCAUGUACUGUAUGACUGCUUGUGUGUCUGUACUCGUGUUUCUUAAAGAAAUUGUUUUACAGUUUGUGAAAUAUUUGCUUUCCUUGGGAGAGUCAAAUGAGAGGAUUGACACCUCUCAUAUCUGUACGCUCAAUAUGAAGCUAGAGCGAGGAGAUGAUUAUCUUAGCUUAGCAUGAGCACUUGAAGCGAGGGGAAAUGGCUAGCAUUGAUCUGAAAUUAACAAAACCCACCUACCAGCACCGUUAAAGCUCCUUAAUUAAUAUGUUAAAUAUAUUUUUUCUGUAUAGAAAACAUGUAGAAACACCAAUUUUUGCAUUUUAUGGGGUUUAUGUUCAAGCACUAACUUCCUGCCUUAAAACCCCCAGAAAAAAAAACACAAUCUGUUGUUGGUUAGCCGGUUUAGCCUUUGAAUUAAGCUAAGCUAACUGGACGCUGGCUUCAUAUUUACCAUACAGAAAUGGGAGUGGUAUCGAUCACUCUCGCCAAGAAAGCUUUCAAGCAUAUUUCCCAAAAUGUCAAAUUAUUCCUUUAAAGAAGUUUAUAAACUGCCUCCUGUCUUGUUAACUUGAUGUUUUGGGGGUUUACGUCGGGUAAAAUCAGUUUUAUGUUUUUCGAGUUGCUUCUCAAAGGUGUUGGUCCGCCAGUUGACGUGCUUUAUUCAGUUCAAGACACUGCAGCUUUAGCAUAAACCAGCUGGCAUGCAAACUGUGAGGAAGAGCUGGGCGAUUAGAACAAAGCUCUAAAUGUGAGCACCUUUGACUCAAAGAUCUAGAUUUUAUUGAAUUUCCUUUUUACAAGGUGAACAGAACAAAAUUAUGUGUGAAGCCUUUGACGUUGUGCUGCGUUCAUUUCCGGUGUGAAUAACAGUUCAAAGUCCCGACUUGAACGUAUUCCCACCUGUUGAAACUUGUCUUAAACCACACAGACUGUGGCUGAUUACCACUACUACAUUUGAGUAGCUCAUAAUAAUUCCUUUCAGCCUUUUUCACACUUGACUCUCGCACAGCUGGGAAGUGACUCACAUGGGUUGAUGACUGACACUAGCACAGAAAGUCCUGACUUGCCACCUUAUUUUAAGACUUAUGAAUUGUAAUGACUUGGAGGAUACAGAUUGUUGUAUUUUGUUGUUUUACUUGAAAUAAGUCUGCUCUUUCACUAAAUCACUGAUAUGUCAGUAACCUAGAAAAGCAAGGUCUAUCGCCCUGUUCUCAAGCAGCAUUUACCACUUUAACUAUAAGUUACGGUAUCAAUACCAUAACAGCUGUUUUUCCCAUGUGACUUGAAUGCAGCAUUGCUGAUUGGAAAGAGGAAACUGAACAAUGUAGCUCCAUGCUCCUGAUCCCUGUAUCACUGUGAUGACGAGGGGGAUGAAAUGAUGCCUUUUCAAUGCAGCUGAAUUCUCUGACUGUGUAACUUCUGUUUGUGUCCCUUCAAAAGCCAAACACAGAGAUUUGUGAGGCUCCUCAGCCUUUAUGAAUAACACUCAAGUUCUUGUUAGUCUUCGAUGGUUUUUUUUUUUUUUCAAAUUGGCUCAAAAACUAUUUCCGUCUGCUCAUCAGGAGAGACAUGCACCUCCUCUCCAAAGCUGUAUUUUGAAGUCCAAAAUUUAAAUUUUCACAGUUUUGUCUCAUCUAUGUGCAUUAGUUUCUGGUUAUGGGUUUCCAUAACAUUGUUUUGUUUGUUUGUUUUUUUCAAUUGACAAAAUAAAUAUGGUUUUUCUAAGGUUGUUCCUGA